AUGGCGCACACAAAGAGCUCCGCCGCGGCUUUCCCUGGAUCUUUCUUACAACCAUCUUCUUUCAUCCUCGCAGAAGUUUUCUACGAAGAUGAGAGCCAAGUGGAGAAAGAAGCGCGUUCGUCGUUUAAAGAGAAAGCGAAGAAAGAUGAGAGCGAGAUCGAAGUAAACGACUCGCCCCUUUCCACCUCAGUCUCGUGUGACCGCUCCACGUUGAACGCUGAACAUGACAACUUCGACGCUUAA